AUGGGAGAUCCACGAGAGUCGUCAUCGUACAGCGUUACGCCAAGAUUAAGAUAUAACACCAUUGGAGGUAUCAACGGGCCUUUGGUUGUUUUGGAGAAUGUCAAGUUCCCAAGAUACAAUGAGAUUGUUACGUUGACGUUGCCUGAUGGCACAGAGAGAUCUGGUCAGGUCUUGGAGGCGAGAGGAAACCGAGCUGUUGUCCAGGUUUUCGAAGGCACAUCUGGAAUUGAUGUCAAAAAGUCCAAAGUCGAGUUUACAGGUCACAGCUUAAAGUUGGGUGUCUCGGAAGACAUGCUGGGUCGUAUCUUUGAUGGUUCAGGAAGAGCGAUUGACAAAGGACCCAAGGUGUUGGCGGAAGAUUACCUAGACAUCAACGGCAGUCCAAUCAAUCCAUUCUCUCGAGUCUACCCGGAGGAAAUGAUCUCUACUGGUAUCUCUGCCAUCGAUACUAUGAACUCAAUCGCGCGUGGCCAAAAGAUUCCUAUCUUUUCAGCUGCUGGUCUCCCACAUAACGAAAUUGCUGCUCAAAUUUGUCGACAGGCUGGUCUGGUACAAAAGCAGGGAAUAACGAGCAAGGGCGUGCAUGAUGGACAUGAGGACAAUUUCUCUAUCGUUUUCGGAGCUAUGGGUGUGAAUUUGGAAACUGCACGUUUCUUCACCAGAGAUUUCGAGGAGAAUGGAAGUUUAGAACGUGUGACACUGUUCUUGAACUUGGCAAACGAUCCAACUAUCGAACGUAUUAUUACCCCUCGUCUCGCCCUCACCACCGCCGAAUACUAUGCAUACCAGUUGGAGAAGCACGUUUUGGUCAUCCUUACCGAUUUGACAUCCUACUGCGACGCCCUGCGAGAAGUUUCCGCCGCUCGUGAAGAAGUACCUGGUCGACGUGGUUACCCAGGUUAUAUGUACACUGAUUUGUCCACCAUCUACGAACGUGCUGGUCGUGUCGAGGGACGAAAUGGAUCCAUUACUCAGAUCCCAAUUCUGACUAUGCCCAACGAUGAUAUCACUCACCCAAUUCCGGAUUUGACUGGUUACAUUACCGAGGGACAGAUUUUCAUCGAUCGUCAAUUGGACAAUCGUGGUAUCUACCCUCCCAUCAACGUACUGCCAUCCCUUUCACGUCUCAUGAAGUCUGCUAUCGGUGAGGGCCACACAAGAAAAGAUCAUGGUGAUGUUUCCAACCAACUUUACGCCAAAUACGCCAUUGGUCGUGAUGCUGCAUCGAUGAAGGCAGUUGUUGGUGAGGAAGCCUUGUCCUCGGAAGAUAAACUGUCUUUGGAGUUCUUGGAGAAAUUCGAGCGAACGUUCAUUGCUCAGUCUCCGUACGAAUCGAGAACGAUUUACGAGUCUCUCGACCAGGCAUGGUCUCUUCUACGUAUCUAUCCAAAGGAGCUUCUCAACCGUAUCCCAGCCAAGGUCAUCAACGAAUUCUAUCAACGAUCCGCUGAUCGUAAGGGUAAGGGACGUGCUGGAAAGGACACCAAGGAUAACAGCGAGGAGAACAAGACCAACGGUGGUGCACAGGAAGAGAACUUGAUUGAUGCGUAG